AUGGUUUCAAGAAGGAACGGUUUUGUGCUGUUUCCGACAUUUUUCUUUGCAAUAGUGACCUCCAAGCACCUAUCUUUUCCUACCCAUCAGCAUCAUUAUGCUUACCAUUAUCCACAACUGCGUUCCCAACUACGACUGCAGUCGCAACCACAAUCGUAUCCGCACUUACGACUUCCUCAUUCUGUCCCAAAAAAUGAGGCCGCUUAUUUUCACGUGACGGUGAAGGAAGACUCGGCUAUCAUGUCUGCGGUUCCGGGAAUACAUUUCUGGACAGUAACAGCAGCAAGUCAGCAUGAUUUGAUUCGACGUAGCGUUCGCUCUGCGUCUUGGCAUCAUCAAAGUAAACGGCGACAAGCUUCACUCUCGACAAGUGUAAAUGCUUCCACAUCUUCGUCAGUUCCGAGACUUAUGAAGAAGGCUGAUACAUCGCAGAUUGAAAAAGAAUGGAAAACACUGAAGAAAAAAAGAAAGCGUUUAAGAGAGUUGCGACAGGAAGUUCGAAAACUCAGCAGUCAUCUCAGAAUUAAACACAUAUUCCUUAAAGAUGACGAGAUAAUUGGCGACAGAUUAGGAAAGCAUGUAGGUAAAGAAACGCACACACGUUGGCGUAAACAAAUGACAUAUCGUGUAAAAUCAAUUAUGAAACGUUUGAAACGACUGGAAAAUAAAAUGAAAACAGGACGAAGUAUGACAAAAAUUAAGCGGCUACAUUCAUCAAUCAGUCAAUCGAAAAAUGGUGAAUCCGGUGGAAUCUGCUUCAGUCAUAAAGACUGCAAGCCAGGUCUGUGUUGUCAUAUAUCUUCAUCUAACACAAACUCAACCUCAGUGCCUAAAAUCAGCACAUGUCAUCAGUAUAUGCUAGUUCAAGGUGAAUCAUGUAAGGAUUCCUGCCAAUGCGAGGCUCGGCUUCACUGUUUUCGAUCUGAAAAUGACCAGAAAAGCGGAAAAUCUGUCAUUAAAUCGAAAAAUGACCCGGUGAAGUAA